CCCAGUAGGACUGCCUUUCCCUCAGUCUUGCCAACAGCUCCAAGGGGAGCACAUCUUAACGAAAAAAUGCGGUGCGGUCAGUAGUGUUCCUGCAAAAUUCAAUGACAAAAUUUCUCGCGGCUUUUCACCCCUUUUAGACCAAAAUUAUUUAGUUCUUAAUCGAAACAAACCAAAAUCACGAUGUUGGCAAAGAGUAUUACGCUGAAUUCGAUCUCGAACGUGCUGCAAAAGCAGGUUUCUGGCCUGUUGCUCUCGUCAACCUGUCGUCAGUUCAGCUCGGAGGGCAGUUUGCACUCGGACGAUGGCUACCCCAAGUUCACGAAGCGCAAGGACCUGAAGCCCAUGGAGAAAAAGGACAGGUCCAAGGUGUACGAUGCCUGCUGGCAGUCGAUGCGCCGCACCGAGUACAAGUGCCGCUCGGACCCGGAGUUCAACGUGCACGCCUUCGUGGAUGCCCGCAAACAGUGCCUGGCCGAUCCCUGCGCCACCGAGAUGCUGCCCAUGGACAUCACCCACUACAAGCCGCAGGACAUGGCCAAGAGGCGCUAUCCCCGCACCUGGUUCGAGUGCAUAGUCAAGCGGCGCAAGCGAAAGGCCCACUGCGUGCCCAUAGCGCCUCCGAUGCCGCGGCGCAAGAGGAAGUCGAGCAAGGCCAAGUGCCCCGAGGAUCUGUGUGUCCUGGGGAAACUGGAGCUCCAUCUCACGGAACCCUGCACCCUGAUGAAGGUCACGAAGUGUCCGCGCUUCAAGAUGCCCAACUGCUGUGUGGCCGCCCGCAACCCGCCCAAGUGCCGUCGACCCUUCAGGAGGUGCGGCAGCCGUCGAAAGACCAAGUAUCCCAGUUUCUCCGAGUGCAAGCGGGAUCCCUUCCCGGACGCCCGGCCCAUCGAGUGCAACUGCCUGCUCAAGCCGGCCAUCUGCGAGAUGUGGCGGCACUACCGCCGUCGGAACGGCUGAUCGCUGACCACCUGUUGGUUUUUUAAAUUCCCGGACGCCGGAUGACGGGGUAACCCCUCAUCGGUGUCUGCUUUUACCACAUUAGGACCUACCAAAAUUGAUGUUUUACCGAAGCCUACCGCAUGCAAAAAUGCCUAAUGCUCUCGCCCGUUUGCUUUUUUUGGAGCACUUUGGUAAUUCUAUUCAAAAAAGUCGUUUCGUCAUACUCGUAUUAAAAAUUAAUACAAAUUGUUAACCUAUAUUAGAAACAUUUUAAAAAUUAAACAGAGUACGAGUAUUAA